GCGCUCCUGGGUCAUAUGCCGCGGGCGGGGCGGGCCCGCGCGCUGCUGCUCCGGGACCGGCGGCGGCGCCGGGAGGCACCGACCCCCUUGUCCCGUCCCUCCGCCCGCCCGUCCCGCCGCGCUAUGGCCCCUGCCGCGCUGCUCCGGGGGCUGGCGCUGGCCGCGCUGCUGGUGCUGAGCCCGGCGCGGGCAGCCCAGCAGGCGCGGAGGCCCAACGUGGUGCUGAUCCUCACCGAUGACCAGGAUGUCUGCCUGGGCGGCAUGACUCCCCUAAAGAAGACUAAUGCUCUCAUUGCACAGAUGGGAAUAACCUUCCUAAAUGCAUAUGUUCCCAGUGCACUUUGCUGUCCCAGUCGAGCUAGCAUUUUAACAGGAAAAUAUCCACAUAAUCAUCAUGUUGUUAAUAACACUCUGGAAGGGAACUGUAGCAGCAAGUUAUGGCAGAAGAUUCAAGAACCAUACACCUUCCCAGCGCUGCUCAAAUCUAUGUGUGGUUAUCAAACUUUCUUUGCUGGGAAGUAUUUAAAUGAGUACGGAGCAGAGGAUGCAGGGGGAGUAGGUCACGUCCCUCCUGGAUGGAGUUUUUGGUAUGCUUUGGAGAAAAAUUCAAAGUACUACAACUAUACUCUUUCAGUAAAUGGCAAAGCACGAAGGCAUGGUGAGAACUACAGUGUAGAUUAUCUGACAGAUGUCCUGGCCAACAUGUCAUUGGACUUCUUAGAGUACAAAUCUAAUUUCGAACCUUUCUUUAUGAUGAUCUCAACCCCAGCACCACACUCCCCUUGGACACCUGCUCCACAGUAUACGAAGAGCUUUCAGAAUGUCAGUGCACCAAGAAACAGCAAUUUUAAUAUUCAUGGAAAGAACAAGCACUGGUUAAUUCGACAAGCAAAGACUCCAAUGACUAACUCUUCAAUACAGUUUCUUGAUGAUGCUUAUAGAAAGCGGUGGCAAACUCUGCUGUCAGUAGAUGAUCUGGUAGAGAAACUAGUGAAGAAACUGGAACUGAAUGGAGAAUUAGACAACACAUAUAUCUUUUACACAUCAGACAAUGGCUUCCACACUGGCCAGUUUUCUUUGCCAAUAGACAAACGGCAGCUUUAUGAGUUUGAUAUCAAAGUUCCACUGCUAGUUCGAGGACCAGGGAUAAAACCAAAUCAGACAAACACGAUGCUUGUUGCAAAUAUUGAUUUGGGUCCCACUAUUCUGGAUAUUGCGGGAUAUGACUUGAAUAAAACCCAGAUGGAUGGGAUGUCACUGUUGCCACUGUUGAGAGGAGACAAAAAUGUCACAUGGAGAUCAGACUUCCUGGUGGAGUACCAAGGAGAAGGAUACAAUGGCAGUGAUCCUACCUGUCCUGGCCUAGGACCCGGAGUCACACACUGCUUCCCAGACUGCGUCUGUGAAGAUUCCUAUAACAACACGUAUGCUUGUGUAAGGACACUGUCAACUUCCUGGGAUCUGCAGUACUGUGAGUUUGAUGACCGGGAGGUGUUUGUGGAAGUGUACAACUUGACUGCAGAUCCACACCAGAUCAAUAACAUUGCUAAAACAAUUGAUCAAGAAAUUCUAGAAAAGAUGAACUAUCGAUUAAUGAUGCUGCAGUCCUGUUCAGGAGCAACUUGCCGAACACCAGGUGUCUUUGAUCCCGGGUACAGGUUUGACCCACGGCUCAUGUUCAGCAAUCACGGCGUACGUGCUCGGAGGUUUUCUACACAGUCCUUAUAAGACCAUCAAGAGCCUCUUGCAAUCAGCUCCUACUGACCAGUUUCUCCAGUGGCUGCAGCAGGUCUGUCUCUGUUAACUCUUGCUGAUCACAGCUGGAAGACUUUUAAUGGGCUUUUCAAACCUUGUUUGGAAGAAAACCCCUUGUCUUUAGCUGGUUGCCUUGUGCAAUAUGUAUAUUUUACAGCUGAACUCUAACUGUAAAUCGUUAGACACAGCUAAUCUGUCUUGCUCAAAUAGUUGAUUAUCACCUUUGUCUUUCAAGUACCUUUUCAUAUCACAGGCACAGAGGUAUACCUAUGCCUAUGAAUCUGAACAGUUUAUUUUGUUCUAAAAAAUCAGUAAGCGUGUAUUUGAGUCAGGUUAGAUAGGCAGGUGCUAUUGCACAGUAAUGCUCACCCAUAUUCAGUGUCACAGACUUUAUUAUAGGUUUCCUGUAUCGAGCUCAAAGCUGUUAAUGACAAUAGCAAACUAGCCCAAAAUAGAGUAGGAAGGCAUUAGUCAAAACUGUAGGAUCUGACUAGCAAGUGUCUUGUGCAGAAUUAAAAUCCGUUUGCUAAGUAGUCUCUUUCAGUGAGACAACUUCAAAUGAGACCAAUGAAUUUUGUAGCUUUGGUAGCUUGCAAACAAGAAUGUAAUGUCAGGCUCCUUUUAGUUUGAAAUGGUGGAAUGGGGUACUGAAAAAACUCUUAUUGUUUAAGAUAGGCUUCCUAGUUAAUUUAAACAAGAGAGUGUUGAGGCUAGUAAGUAUUCAAGUAAGUGUGCCUGUGCUUUGAGCUAACUCUUAAGUCUGUUUUUAAUACACAAACAGAAGUAAUACUAAAAUAAACAAAAUCCAACAACCAGGGCACCACAGUAGAGUUGAUCUGUUUUUAACUUCCAAAUGUCUUAAAUUGUCUAACAUCUUAUGUUGAUUAGAUUCUUGAAGGUAAUUUAUUUUGAAAGCAAACUAGCUAAAAGUAAAUCACAGAAUCAUUGCUCACUAGACAUUAGGCUAAGAGAGCUAUUUUAGGCAGUUUAAGUGCUUCACAGUGUUGCUUUUUGGUUGAGACAUGACUACUUGGAACCUGCAAUAAGUGGCCUUCACACCAAAGGUCUACACGUCGGAAAUCACUUUGUUUCCUUCUGAAAGUAUGCUGUCUUUUCAACCUUCUGAUUAGGCUUAUUUGAAAUGCAGCCAUCACAUGUACCCAAACUUGAGUAUCUUUCUAGAUCUUGAAAAACACCCAAACUUCCAUUACCGUACUACUUCUGUAAAGAUUCAUUGUCGAAACACUGAAUUGUGGAUCUUCUGCAAGACAAGUUCCUGUUGCUUGUGGGCAAAUAAACUGUGUUAUCAGCAAGAUAAUUGUUCCCUUGUCAAACAAAGUGUGGCGAAAUUAUUUAGUUUUCAGUUAGUUAUUUCACAUCUCUUACCCCGCUAGAGCAUGAUUAUUUCAGCUUCUGUCACAUAAUACCUUGUAGUAAGUAAUCAUUAAGUAGGCCACAAAGUAUGACUCUUUCAAAACUGUGAAGGUGCAUACCCCAGUUGUCCUUCAUGUAGCUUAUAGCUGCAAACUUCUGUGGUGGUCUCCAGGUUAGAUAUUAUAGACCUUUUAUUUUAAAUCUCUAAAAGUGACCAAAUAUUUUGAGGGGAAAAAAAUUGCUUGAAAGGUAACUUUUCAGCUGGAGCAUCUGUAUGAACACAGAAGUUUUUGGAUAUGCAAACUACUUCCAUGCUUUCAAAUACUCAGGACUGGGGUUUUUUUUCCUUAACUACAACUAUAGCUUUAUCCUGGUUUUUUGUUUCUUAAACCUUAGCAUUGCCCAUUGGUAUCCUUCAUAAACUGUUUUGUCUUUAGAAAAAAACCCAAAGUUGUUUUCAAGUGUUCUCUGGCACACUGAGCUAAACCUAAAGCUCAUGUAUGUAGUGUUUUGCUCAGAGAAUUCUAGCAACUUAGACUUGUUCUUUGUUUAAAUUUUGUUUUGGUAGUGGUAUGGAGGCCAGUGUGAAAUAGCUGCACAUUAAACCCUCAACAGUUCUAGCAAAUCUGGGUCAUAUGUCAAGUUUCUGCUUGAAUUAAGUUUUAGUGCAAGUAAUGUGCAUUCUGUUGCUCCUUAAUAGAAAACAACUUUGUUAUGGGUACAGAUGUGUAACUCUUACGCAGUCUUUUCUUAAAGCAAUCUUAAGCCAUAAGAAGGAAACUUUCUUUUGAAAUUUACUUUUUGCCUAAUAAGUAAUAUGAAAAUUGACAGAAUUGAUGCAGAUGUAGAUUAGUCAGUAUGAGUAACCUGAUGUUUUACCCAAAUUAAUACUCUUGCUAUCUGCACAUACCUGUAAAGCAUUUUAUAAUGAGGCUCAAUAACUGUUGCCAUAAAGCAUAAGAGCUUCAAAUGAACAGUGUUAAUUCUUAUCUUUGAUUAAAAAACCACUAUGAAGGAACUUGGACUCUUACUCAGAUCUAAUUUCCAACUAAGUUAUUUUAAAACUAAAUGGUCUUUUGGGAUAUUCCAUUUCAUGUGUUAUUUGACUGUGGCUGUACCUGUACCUCGUUACCAAAGGCAUUCAUGUUAAAUGUACAGUUUUAAAUAAAGGGCCUUACUGGUACAGAGUUGGGUUUAGAUAAAAUGUGAUAAUUUUUUUUUUUUUUUUUACUUUUUUAAAAAUCAUUAUUAGUGAAAAUAGAGCUGUGAACUUUUAGUGAUCUGAUCUGGUAAGGUAGAUACUAUACAGAGAGAAAUGCAGUUAAUAACUUCAUUAUGUUACCCUAAACCAAAAAACAUUAUCAUCACUUCAGCAUAAGUGAAUACAGCUUACCCAGCAUCAGCCCAGUAAACCGGACUUCAUUUUGAGGAAUAAAGCUGUAACAGAGACACAUACAUGGAAGCACACAGCCAAAGCAGGUUAUAAUACCUUUUCAAUAAAGUUAAAUUUGAGACUGAUUCAACAAGCUGAAUACAAUAUUUCAACAUAAUGAAACAGCUCUCAUUUGUUGUGAUUUGAUUAAAAUUAAUUUUCUUUGUAUUACUCUCUCUGUAUGUGAGCAUACUUUGCUGUAGCAUGUUGUGAGCAUAUUUCUGCUGUUUUGAAUGUCUGUUUAGAAAGUGCCCUUCCAGAGGACCCUGUUCACUGCUGCACUUUUGGAGAAGGAAAAAAUAAACUGCCUCUCAAACUUC